AUGCCAGUGGUGGAUGUGUACAGCGUAGAGCAAUUCAGGGAAAUUGUAAAUGAGGACCUGCUUACGGUUGCAUGGUUUACAGCUGUGUGGUGUGGCCCUUGUAAGACCAUCGAACGGGCCAUGGAGAAGAUUACGUUUGAAUUUCCGACAGUGCGGUUCGCAAAGGUAGAUGCUGACAAUAACUCGGAGAUUGUAUCAAAGUGCAAAGUUCUUCAACUUCCCACUUUUAUGCUUGUGAAAAAUGGCAAGUUGAUUGGGUACGUCAUUGGGGCGAAUUUGGACACAUUGAAGCGAAAAAUUCGGGAAAUCAUUAGCAAUAGUUAA